AUGGAGGGCUCGCUCGCGCGGGCCCUUUAUAUCCACGCUCGGCCGUGCCGCGUCGGCCGCGACGGGGGUCACAUGCUCAUGGAGGCCCCCGCGGCGCUGGCGGCCGCCGGGCCGUACACCCUCCAGGACAUCGUCGGCCGGAUGGGGCUGGACAUGGAGCCUGGGGCUUGGCAGACCAUCGAUGCGCUGGUAUAUGCGACGAAAGGUCGACGGGUGCGAGGUCGAGUUCAAGCGGUGGUUCCUGUCGGUCAACAGCCAGCACCCCGACCUGGCGGAGGCCAUCAAGAACCACAACGAGCAGGCCGAGGGCACGGAGACGCCCGUCGGUGUCCUGACGCUCACGCGGCCCCCGUUCCCCUGGGAGGUGACGGCGCCGAAGAGCGGGCUCGCUGCAGGACGCACUGGCACUCGGAAGGGGGUGUCCGGCACGGCCACGGACGCGGCGCACCUCCUGGGAUGAGGUGUCGGCCCGACGGUCGCAGGCCGAGGCCGAGGCUCCGACGGCGCGACGUGUCGC